CAAAAACCGAGUGCCUGGAGCUAGAACACCACACCAUGGUUGAGCCUAUUGAUCUCGUCGAAGCAAUGUGGGACACGUCCUCAGCGUCCGGUGAUGUGCCGGAGGGCGAGAUGUGCCUCUGCGGCGAUGUGAGCGACGGCGACGACCUCGACGAGGCAGCUCUCAAGCAUGCUGCCGUGCAACGAGCCAGGGACUUGCUAGCUAGGAGUUGCACAUUGGAAGAGAAACUGAGUGACCUGGCUGCACGUCAUGCCUUUGUGAUGCGAGGCUUGCGACUUCCGCUGCUGGUCCGCACCAUGAUUUGCGACUUCUUGCCAGCCGCGGAGGAAGAUCUCUGGGACCAACCUUUGCUGGGUUUGCAUAAUGGUCAUGACUAUGUCUUCAAGGGCAUGGCCAAUCUCCCCGCCGGCCGCCUGUGCAGCCGUCGGAGCUCGUUGGCUGGCCAGAGUGUGGAUGACACGUUGGAUCAUCACUGCUCGGAAUUCGGAUGCCCCGUGGCGCGCGGUGCGCCCGUGGCCGUGGUGCUGCGGCCUGGGGAUGAGGAGGAGGGUUUCUAUGCGACGCCGUUGCUUCUCCCCACGGAGUUCGCGGUGCUGGUGCCAACGACCGCCGCCCCGGCGCCGCUCGGAUCCGAGGGCAGUGCUUCGCCCGCUUCGCCCUCGCCUCGGUCGCUCGAGUGCUUCGAAGACCUGGAGAGUUGGUAUGAUGACUUUGAGAUGGUCUGUGACUCCGAGUCUGAGAUGGUCUGUGAGGAGGAGGAGGAUGAAUUGGACUGUGAGGGCGAGAUGUCUGAGAUGUCCUACUGGAAUUCAAGCCGGUGGCCCUGCACUCUGCGGAAGAAGCCGAAAGGAGUUCAGAUGCAAACUGUGGCUCGUCAUGUUGCGCUCGUCCUCCCGCAGGACAGUGCGUUGAGGCAUGCUGCGCAGUACGCAUCGGCGCACAGCGAUUGGAAAGAGUGUGGUUCGUUGUCCCAGCUUGAAGGCGUGGGGGUUGAACGCGUGCGCGCUUUGCUUUGUGGCGGUGCCAAUCCCACCAUCGCCGUCAAUGGCUGGCCUGGUCGGUCAUUGACCGCUCUUGAGGAAGCUCAGGCCUCGAUGUUCAGCCUGAAGGCCCACAUUGAUGACUUGCUGGGUGGCAAGAUGUGUUCUCAUCAAGCCCGACGCCAAUUUCAUCACUAUCACUUUGCCGAGUCGAUGGCCGAGGUGCAGAAGAUCGCUGAAGGUUUCCUCUUGGACUUGGCCCGGUAUGAGGAGUCCAUCGCUGUGAUGAAGGCUGCGGCAGAUCUUUGGCAGACUGCAGGGCCAGCCCAACGUUCUUUGUGCUCGAGAGAAUGCCUCCACGGGCGCAAAGUUGUUCUUCCUGACUUGGCAGAAGUUGAGAAGAGGAUCACCGCGAUCCCUGUCGCGCAACGGGUGGCAGCGGAGGUCGCCGUGCCUUUGGCCGCGGCGAUGUGGCGGGUGGCUGAGGAGGAGGGGUCAAGGAUGCUGGACGCUCGGAUGGAGGGAAAGGGAUCAAGGCGGCUGGACCUGACCAUGGUUCUACCCGUGCAGAAGCGGGCACCUAAUUGCUUGAUCCUGGUAUUUUGGUGCUUUGGCUGCAUUGGUCUCACAUGGGUGGUUUGUAGCAGUUUUCCUUCUACAUUCACCAUGAGGACACUUGGCCUGCUGAGCUGCUGGGCGAGAAGAAACUUUGUUGCCACGAGGCGGAGGGUCCGGCAAUGGAGUUUGAAGACCAGCGAUCGCGGCAUGCCUUCCGUGCGGAGCAGGUGGCCAUGGACUAUGAAGAUCAACGAUCUCUGCAGGUGGGCAUUGAGCUGAAACUGUUGUCGCUUCGCCAAGCGGCCGCAAGAUCGGCACGAAGACCGUCCCGCAGAGCAGUUCCGAAUUUUAUUCAGAAAAACUCCCAGGAAUCCUGGUGCAUCCACUGUGGCUAUGUGUCCACAUUUGCCUUCAGCAAGAGUCAGUUAAGCAAAGGCCGGCGAACCAGACGUUGUCGAAGCUGCAUCGAAGAUGAGCAGAGGCCUUCAGUGGACAAACUGGAGGUGAACCGCCUCAAGAAGCUUCAAAUGCAGGUGGCCUCGCCGCAAGCACAGCUGAGAUCCCUGGCACGCAAGGUUGAGCGAUUGCCCAGCCGAGCAGCUGGCAUUGAGGUGAUGGAGUUGAAUCGCUGAAGCAGGAUCCUUCUUGGCCAAGGGUUGGGCCAUGUUGGGCCAUAUCGUGCUCCAAUCGGGCUGCUUUUGCAGAUCUCGUC